CCUUGUAAACCACCCACCAUUUCCAUUCGCAGUCCCAUUCUCUUCUCUUUUGCUGACAGCAUUAUUAAUUAAUGGCGACCGCUGUAGAAAAACCCAACUUCGUGUUUCCUGAUAAAUUCCAUAAGCCUUUGUUUGCAGCACAGAUUUCUCUGAGGGUUUUGGCCUUCGUAGCUUGCCUUGCUGCAUCUUCCAUUACUCUCGCCAACAACCAAACCGCUACAGCUUUCGGCGUCGUCGCUCAUGCCAGAUAUAACUAUUCCCCCUCUUUCGAGUUCUUUGCAUAUGCGAAUCUGGUGGUGUGCGUGUUCACGAUUCUGUCGCUCGUUCUCGCGGUUAAUAUGGCGAAGAGAGUAGCGGUGGAUCCUGCGCUGUAUUUCUACAUGUUCGUACAUGAUUUGAUGAUGACGGUGGUGCUGAUGGCGGCGUGCGCGGCGGUGACGGCAGUGGGAUACAUCGGCAAGUACGGCAACAGCCACGCAGGGUGGAUGCCUAUCUGUGCCUACUUGGAGAAGUUCUGCCAGCGAGCUACGGCGGCGUCUGUGCUCGCCUAUUUUGGGUUUCUCUUCUACCUUAUCUUGGCUCUUGUUUCUGCUCAUCGCUCUCGCCAUAUCACCCUCUGAUCUGAUCACAUGCUUUCUUUCCUUAUUACAUGUCAAAAAAAAAAGCUUAUAAUUUAUAUGUAGUUUGAAAAGUUUGCACAUUUGUUCCUCGUAAUUUAAGAGUUGUAUGUUAUUAUUGUCUUCUCGUUACAAAAAACAUUGCACAAAAUCCCAUUUUUUUGGGAUUUAGUGGAAUGUUUUAAAACAUAAGUACAAGUCUAUUGUAAAUUAUAAACAAAUUAUGUCGACUCUAAGGGUCUUAUUUACUUUU